AUGGCUUCGCUCACUAACGUAAAUCCGGCUCUUGCAGCGUACUUGAAUGAGGCAGAUCCAGCUUUAUGGUAUCGAGUUUACUGUCCAGGAGAUAGAUACAACAUCAAGACUAGCAACAUUGCGGAAUCUAUCACCUCCAUGCUAAAGAAAGCCAAAGGUUAUCCCAUCACAUAUCUCAUUGAGUUUAUUACGAAAAAUUUAGGUAGGUGGUAUUGGAAAAGACGAGAGGAUGCACUAAGUCUGACAACCACUUUUAGUCGGGGUGUUGAAUACUUAUUGGCCGUAAGGGAGCAUUACGCCGAUAUGAUGACAGUCAAACGCAUUGAUGUUUGGCGUUUCCAUGUUCAUGGUGGACAACGUGACUGUUUGGUUGACUUUGAAGAAAAAUCUUGUUCAUGCGGGGUGUUUGGUGUUGAGAAAAUACCAUGUUCACAUGCUAUUAAGGCUGUCAAGUCUGCUGGAUGGCAUAUGUCUACCGUGGUGGAAGCUUACUAUAGAAAAGAUUAUGUCUAUGUGUCGUAUGCGACUAACAUUAUGCCCAAUGUCGAGCAUGCUCCGAUUGGGCCAGAUAUCCGAUGUAUACCUCCAAUACCGAAGCGGAACUGGCAGGCAAAAGAAAGUCUCGUUGGCUUACAUGGCUAG